GUUCACAGAAGAAGCGAGUUAAAGAGCUCCAACCACAACCAAUGCUUGUUUCUCUUCAUCCUGCUGUUGAGGAAAAGCUGGGAAGUAUUCCGGCCAUGGUUAGGAGUGUUUGGAGUGAUGAUAAAUAUCUGCAGCUUAAGGCAACCACUCAAUUCAGGAAAUUGCUUUCAAUUGAACCAAGACAACCUAUUGACAAAGUGAUACAAGCUGGAGUUGUUCCUCGCUUUGUUGAGUUCCUUGAGAGGCCAGAUUUCCCACAGCUUCAGUUUGAGGCAGCCUGGGCUCUCACAAUUAUAGCUUCCGGGACAUCUGAGAACACGAAGGUGGUAAUUGAUCAUGGAGCUGUUCCAAUAUUUGUCAAGUUACUUGGUUCCCAAAGUGAUGAUGUUAGCGAACAAUCUAUGCGGGCUUUGGGAAAUGUUGCUGGUGAUUCUCCUACAUCUCGUGAUGCUGUCCUUGGACAUGGUGCUUUGCUGCCUUUGUUGGCUCAUUUGAAUGAGCUUGCUAAACAUUCUGUGUUCAGAGUUGCCGCAUGGACUCUGUCAAUGUUUUUACGGGGCAAGCCCCGACCUAGCUUUCAUCAGGUUAAGACUGCACUUCCAACAUUGGCACGUCUUAUUCAUUCAAAUGAUGAACAAGUCUUAUGUGAUGCAUGUUGGGCACUCUCGUAUCUUUCUGAUGGCACAAAUGAUGAGAUCCAAGUUGUCAUUGAAGCGGGCGUAUGCAGGCGUCUAGUGGAACUUUUGCUGCACCCAUCUCCUUCGGUGCUAGAACCUGCUCUUUGCAUAGUUGGGAAUAUUGCCUCUAGAGCUGAUGUGCAAACCCAGUGCAUUAUCGGUCAUCAGGCAUUGUCAUGCCUUUUUAAACUUUUGACAAAUAAUUAUGAAAAGAGCAUCAAGCAGGAAGCUUGUCGAACAAUCUCAAAAAUCACAGCCGGAAAUAAGGAGCAAAUACAGGCUGUGAUUGAAGCUGAUAUUAUUGCUCCUAUGGUUCAUUUGCUUCAAAAUGCUGAAUUCGAUAUUAAGGGAGAAGCUGCACGGGUCAUCUCAAAUGUUGCGUCUGGUGGGACUCAUGAUCAGAUCAGGUUCCUUGUAAGUCAAGGUUGCAUCAAGCCAACGUGUGAUCUUCUUUUCUGCCGCCAUCUGAGUGUAAUUAAAGCUUGCUUGAAUGUGCUUGAAAACAUUCUCAAGGUAGGAGAAGAAGAUAAAACUAUGGGCACGAGUGGAGGAGUGAAUCUCUAUGCACAAAUGAUUAGAGAUGCAAGGGGUCUAGAAAAGAUUGAAGAUUUAUGGAGUUUUUACAGAUGGAGAUAUGAAUAUCAUAAGAGUGAAUUCUCUCCAGACACCAUUGAGAUUUAUAGAAUGGCUGUGGAAGUUAGGAAGAUAUUGAUCGGAGUAAGAUGAUGCCACUCAAUCAAAGUUUAAUUCUCGAGGGAUUAGUCCCUUUUCU